GUUCUCUCAUUCUCACGGCUUCUCUCACCGCAACACGUGGAAUACUGCAUCCUCGAAUAGAUGAAGUGCACGGGUAAAUGCUCGAAAGUCGUGCUGAGGUGCCGGAAAGCUCUGUUCGUUUGACGAAACCUCCGCUCGAGCUUAGACCAAAGGUUGCUUUAGGGCAGUGCACUACUGGACGGAGCAAUCAAUCAGUGUUCUCGCCUUCUGCCGGAGUGUGCGGCCCAUCAACCACAGACACAAUCGUCUCGCAAUCCUAUGGCGUCCUUUUUCUCUUACCAUGGCUCGGGUAUCGAGUGCGUGCGUUGAUCCCGCUAUGACUUUCUUUCUGCCAGAGCUUGGUCCUUGCUACGGCCUUAUGGACCGCCGCAGACGGCAUGACCGACACCUAUCGAAGAAACUGGCUGAGAUCCUUGAUGGUUUCGAAGAGUGUUUAAGCGAGGACCACGGUAUCUUUGCAGCCAGACGCGAUCUAGGAUCAUCUAGGUUGGAGUCGGACUGACUCGAAUGGGUCAUUUUUCGGGUUGAUCGAUAGCUUGACUAUGGAUGGUGGCUGCCCAUGGCUACAAGAACGUGGACAAGCCUCCAUCUUCAAUUUAUCUGCGAACCUUGCCAAGUGUGAAUUCAGGGCCGCCUAUUCAUCUCGGACG